AUGCCCAAAAAAAACGACUCAAAAUUAAAUUAUUCGCAUACAUUGGAAUAUGACGAUGUGAAUGAUGAUAAUAAUGAUGAAGAUGAAGACAUUAGUGACAAUGAAUACAACAACGAGAGUACCAACAGACUAGAUCAACAUCUACCUAGUUUAAUCCAAAUUUUAAUUGUUUCACGUUUAAUUGGAAAACGUAUAUUUCAUCUUAGUCGAACAGGUACAAAAAAAUUUUACAACAAAGUACGACAAUAUCAGGAAUUAUCCCAAAUUGAUAAGCCUGAUGAUAUCAAUUAUGGAUCUCGAAUGUGUAAAUCGGCGGAAAUUCUUUGUAAAUUUGCAGCAAUUGCUGAAUUGCUCAAGAUAACAUUGGAAAUUUUAAAAAUUCUUCGUGAUCAAAAUCAACUUGAUUAUAAUGAUACUAGUCUUACUUUUAUUCGAAAUAUAACAUAUAUAAUUGAAAAUAAAUAUCCAUCAACAAAUAUGAUUUUGGAAAUCAAAGCACCUAGUUGUCGUUUGGCUGGUCAGCUUUUAUGCAGUCAUUUACUUAAAAUGUUAUUUGCAUGUUAUAAUGUUAAUCCUGUUCUUUCUACUCAAGAAACAAAUAUGAAUCCAACAAUAUCAUGUAUUAAAAAAAAAUGGGA